AAAAAUCCAAUUACAAUAAAAUUAUGGAGUUAUAUUAUUUAAUUACUAUUUUAAGUUUUGUAAAAUUCUGCUCAUCUAACAGAGAAAUUAUUUCAUUUAUUACACCUGAAAACUGUUCUGAACGCGAGUAUUUUAUUCCCAGUUUAAUGACAUGUAGACAAUGUAACGAUCACCAGAAAUCAUCCUUAGAUCGUUUGAGUUGUAUUUGUGAAAAAAAUAGCAAAAUUAUUGAUAAAGUUUCAGAGUUUUCUUCUUGUGAACCAUGUCCAUCAAACUUCACUGCCACAUUGGAUCAUUUGCAUUGUUUGAAAAAGACAAAUGUUACGUGUGGAUUAAAAGACAUAGAAUUGGAAACUGAACCUAACGGUUUGCCAUUGGCCAAAAAAUCGUGUAUCCGCUGUUCACCUGGAACAUUCCCGUCGUUAGAUCGCACAAAGUGUUUACCCUGUCAAGUGGUGAAUUGCACAUGCCCACAGACUUCACACGAGUGGCUUUUAGACGGAACUCUGUGCGUGUUCAGCCAAAACCUGACUUUGUGGCCCGACGAAAGGGAAACGCACAUCGUCGAAUACGACAUCGUUGGCGUGGAUGUAGAGUCCAAGUAUUUGAAAAAGCACUUGAGGGCGCUUUUGUAUAAAUGCGUCAAAAUGAAACACAGGAUGUCGUGCGAGUCUCUUGGCAACCUGUGCACGAUUCAAAUGUACAAGGACGAGCGGAAAGUCAACCCAUGUAGGGUGUUCAAAGACUACAGACGCAUACCAACGUCGUCGGAUGCUGACCGUUUGCCAUUGCCUUGGAUUUACUACGGCGAAGGAGAUGCUUCUGUUGCGUUGAACAGGAAAAAAAUCACGUCCAAGUACACCAUAAGACCCGGGAGUCGGAAAAGCAAAUUGCAGCUGGUUGCGGCCAGAUAUAAUUUGAACGGAUCUUUAAUUAAAUUAUCCGAAUUGAGUCCCGUUGAGCUUCAACUGUGUCCUGGAUUGUGGAACGGCAUCGAGUCAGCUUUUCGGUUUGGUGCUCGAUACUUCCACACAUGCAAUAUACCAGCGAAACAAUUGAUCGGACAAUUAGUAUCCACAGAGCCUAUUUUUUAUGACUUUUACUUACAAUACGAUGACGGUAAAAAGAACAUGUUGUACGCAAUACCGUUGUUGGUACGAAACAUUAAAGUGGGAACAACGUACCCAAAUAAAGUGAGCUUAUAAUUAAAAUAGUAAACA